UCGCCCGUCCCCGCUGCCAUGUUGGAUCGUGCGGCCGCCGGAGCCGGGCUGGAGUUGGAAGUUUAGCGCCUCUCGGAGGGGCGGGCGCGAUCGGCCGCCGGCGCGGAGCGGCACCGGCGUGGCUGUUCCCCUCCCCGGCGUCCCCUUCGCGGGCCGCCGGCAGCUGACUGAGGCCCCGCCGCCCCUCUCCACCUCCCUCCUUCCCCGGCACCGAGAGGGAGGCUCCGCGAUGCGGCUGCUGUGAGGCCGCGGCGGCAGCGGAGGAGGAGGAGGGGGCCGCGGGCGCCAACGGUCGCAGGGCGGCGAGGGGAGCGCCGGGCCGGCCCCGGCCAUGAGCGGCAACCCGCAGCAGCAGCCCCCGCAGCCGCGGCGGGUCACCAAUGUGGGUUCCCUGCUGCUCACCCCGCAGGAGAACGAGAGCCUCUUCAGCUUCCUCGGCAAGAAAUGCGUGACGAUGUCUUCAGCAGUUGUUCAAAUAUAUGCAGCAGAUCGCAAUGCCAUGUGGUCAAAGAAAUGCUGUGGUGUAGCUUGCCUUGUAAAGGACAAUCCUCAGAGGUCGUAUUUUAUCAGAAUAUUUGACAUUAAGGAUGGGAAAUUACUGUGGGAGCAGGAGCUGUACAAUAACUUUGUAUAUAAUAGUCCUAGAGGAUAUUUUCAUACCUUUGCUGGAGAUACAUGUCAAGUUGGUCUUAAUUUUGCUAAUGAAGAAGAAGCUAAACUAUUCCGCAAAACAGUAACAGAUUUACUUGGACGACGGCAGAGAAAAUCUGAAAAAAGACGAGACCCACCAAAUGGCCCAAAUCUACCAAUGGCAACUGUUGAUAUCAAAAACCCAGAAAUUACAACUAACAGAUUUUAUACUCCACAAGUCAACAAUAUUUCGUAUACCAAAGAAAAGAAGAAAGGAAAAACUAAAAAGAGAAGAUUGACAAAGGCAGAUAUUGGAACACCAUCUAAUUUCCAACACAUUGGACAUGUUGGUUGGGAUCCAAACACAGGUUUUGAUGUGAACAACUUAGACCCAGAACUGAAAAACCUGUUUGAUCUGUGUGGAAUUUCAGAAGCUCAACUAAAAGACAAAGAAACCUCAAAGGUCAUAUAUGAUUUCAUUGAAAAAACAGGAGGUGUGGAAGCUGUUAAAAAUGAACUGCGCAGACAAGCUCCACCUCCACCACCACCAUGCAGGGGAGGACCCCCUCCACCACCACCACCACCUCCCCAUAGCUCGGGCCCCCCUCCUCCCCCUGCUAGGGGCCGAGGGGCACCACCUCCACCUCCUUCAAGAGCUCCCACAGCAGCACCUCCGCCCCCACCUCCAUCUAGACCUGGUGCCACAGUGCCCCCACCUCCUCCAAACAGGAUGUAUCCUCCACCACCACCAGUGCAUUCAUCAUCUGCACCAUCCGGCCCUCCUCCACCGCCGCCACCACCGGCAAGUGGGUCAUCUGUUCCUCCACCUCCUCCUCCUCCUCCACCCCCUCCUGGUCCUCCUCCACCACCUGGCCUUCCUUCAGAGGUUGAUCACCAGCUCCCAGUUCCUGCAGGAAACAAAGCAGCACUGUUGGAUCAAAUCAGAGAAGGAGCUCAGUUAAAGAAAGUAGAACAGAACAGUCGACCGGUGUCCUGCUCAGGAAGAGAUGCACUGUUAGACCAGAUACGACAGGGUAUACAGCUGAAAUCAGUAUCUGAUGGUCAGGAGAGUGCACCACCUACACCUGCGCCCACCUCAGGAAUUGUGGGUGCAUUAAUGGAAGUUAUGCAGAAAAGGAGCAAAGCCAUUCAUUCUUCAGAUGAAGACGAGGAUGAAGACGAUGAAGAAGACUUUGAGGAUGAUGACGAAUGGGAUGAUUGAUCAUAUAUUAUUAUAUAUAUAUAUUUUUUAAGGUGAAUGAUAUACUAAACACUACUUUCUGUCUACGGAUUCUGUAAAAUUAUCAUGUAAAUGUUCUACCAAUUUGCUGUAUAUUUUUGUUGCCUUUUGCUUUUUUAUUAAUCUGUGCAAUACCUCAUUUAAUCUGUAAAGGUUUGUCAUAAUCCUCUACAAAGCUACUCCCUGUUAAUGUGUGCAAGUUUACACCUGGAUGAUCAUGUACAUGUGAAUAUUUUCCAUUCCAUCAAUAAGGGAGUUUAAAUGUAAUAUGUGAGACUGACAAAAACCUUAAUGUAAUUUAGUUAUAAUGCAAGAAGGAAAACACUAUUUUCAUACCCUACUUUUUCUGUAUCUAAAUUUUCUUAUUAAAACCUAGUAUAGCACUAUGUUCUUUAAGUGAUGCAGCUCUUAGUUUAUUUAGCCCCUUCAUUUCAAAUGCAAUGCUACAUGAAUGUUGAGGCUGGUUUAUACUAUUGUAUGGUUUCAAAUACAUCACAACAUUGCAGUUCAAAUCUUAGCAGUAUGCUUUACAUAAAACAAAAUCACUACAGAAAUGCACAGCUAGUUGUGAAGAUUACCUUGCCCUAACAGUAGCAAUACUGACUGCUAUUGAACAGCAAUAGUAAUUAAAUCCUUCAGUUAGGGAACUCUCUAUCUGAAGUUAAACAGGAUGGCUUUACAUUGUAAUAGUGGUAAAGGCAUCUUUGAUGCAGACAAGUUCAGUCUUCUUUCUUUUGUUUUUUUUUUUUUCUCCCUCCUUCCCAGCUCUUACUUUCAGAAUGAAGAAGUGUAAAUUACUGGGGGCUAUACUGGAGGCUGGCAAUUGCUACAGUUUGAUUUAUUUUUAAAAUCAAUUUUAUGUGUUUUUCAGGCUGAAGGGCUGCGUUUAAUGCUUGCUUCAAUAAUGUUUAAGUACUUUUUAAAAUUUGUAGGACAUUGGUGUACUAAUAAAGUAAACAUAAGUGGUAUUACUUUGCAGUCUUUGCGUUAUGGUACACAACAAAUGCUGAAACACCAAUCCUACAUCCAUAAAGUUGGAAAGCCAUUAACUCAGAAUAUACACUUUGAAUAAGUACUGAACUUUAUGGCAAUAUUCUGUCUUCAUAUGUUGGCUUUAAGACCAAGGGUCGUGAUGAAGAUCAAGAGCCCGAUUCACAAGAAUAAUAUUUGAAUAAGUGGACGGAAAAUGGGAUUCUCAUUUCACAGCUUGCACAUUUAUAUAAGUUGUACUUUGUAGUGCAGUAAACAUUGGCAUAUCUGCCUAUUACAAAAUACUAAUCUAUGCUAUGUGGGUACUUAAUAUCUGCAGCAUUAAUUACUGUACUUACUGUAACUUUCAGGUAGAAAAUCUUUUUAAAAACCACAUUAUCUGACACGGAAUGUUUAGUUAAGUCAGUCAUAUUUGGAGCGUAGUUAAUGCAUAGUGUCCUGGGUCUUUGACUGUAGUAAAGCUAUCAAACUAAAUUUAAGUUAUCGGAAUUGUAUUGACUGAAACCCAGUGUUGACCUGAUCUUGACAGGCUGGACCUGCAUGAUACGGCGUGGAUUUCUAACCCAGUUAUAACCUAGUCUUUAGCGAAUUAAUUUAGUCAGAAGAAAGUAAAGUUGCUGAAAAGUAGUGGGAGAGGUAAGGUUGUAGUUAAAUUAUUCAGAGGAUGCUAACUUCCUUCCAAGAGUAAUUUAAGCACAUAACUUUCUCAUUGCCCUCUGCUGCUAGAAACACUUCCUCCUAGCUUUGCUGCUGUAACGGCUUGAGCAUUGGGAUCAAGUGCAGUGCAGCCUGGGGUAGCUAAUGGCAGUGGAGUUAAGAACUUGUGUAUAAGGACAAUAUUUGUAUGGCUUUCAUAUAACUUCUGGCACUGCUCCCUUAUUUUUUACUGCAUAUAGGGCAUUUUAAAAUUAAGCAGAUGAGGCCUAAAGGUUUUCCUAACAUGCUACUUACUAGAUAUGUUUAGCUGUUAUGUUCCCAGAAUUGGAAUUUCUGUAAUAUAGUUAAUAAUUAAGCAUCACAGUUCAUUAAUCAAACUUCUAUUCCAGGUUUUGGGAGCUCUGAAGUUACCUUAUUGAAUAAAACUUUGAUUUGUAGAUACUGGCCGAAGAAAGCUUUGGGUUUUUCUAUUUCUUUUUCUUCAUACAGAAAGUACACUCACAUUCUGUGGUGUCCAGGUUAAUAUUUACUUUAAAGUAGUGUUUGUACAUGAUAAAUUUCAGGCAUAAAGACUGCAACAGCAGUUACGUUAGUCAUAACUGCAUGCUUCGGCACUCUGCCACUUGCACUAUGAGCAAAAGAUAGCAUUUCAUGAUACUGGUGCAUUGUUGCUAAACAUUGUAAUGAAGGCCUCUCUUAUAUAUUCUGGUUAAAUGACUGUCCAGAUAGCCUUAGCAAUUAACGAACUAGCAUGAGGCUUUUGUAUCUCAACACUCUAUGUGCAUAGACAAUAUCAGCUAGCCACUUGUACGUAUGAAAUCCGUAAGAACUUCUCAAUCAUUCAGUUUUCCAUUUAUCAAACUGAAAUUUUUAGUAUGUGAAUUUUUGAAAUGUACAGUGAAUAGGAUGUUGCACUGGUGGCAAUUCAUCAUGGAGCAUAAUAAAAUUAAUUUGACCCAA